UCAAACGCGCACACACACACAGCUCUCCAUACCGGGACGCGCCGCCGUCAAUGCGGGCUGCUCGGCGCACUGGCAGCGGCCGAGGGCUUCCCGUCUGCUGCCCGACCAACCCCCGCUGGUUGUUGUUUUUUUUUUUGUGAGAAGAUAGAUCAGCGAGGAGGAGAAGAGAGUUUUUUGGUGUAGUUUUGCGUGCGGAGGAGUGGAUGAGUCAAUGGCAGGGGCUCAGCCUGGAGUCCAUGCGCUGCAGCUCAAGCCGGUGUCCGUGCCCGAGAGCCUCAGACGGGGCAACAAAUUCAUGAAAUGGGACGAUGAUUCCACCACCGUGACCCCCGUCACCUUAACCGUUGACCCCAAAGGAUACUUCCUGUACUGGACUGACCAGAACAAGGAGACAGACUUACUGGACAUAGCCUACAUUAAGGACGCCCGCAAUGGAAAAUGCACCAAGACGCCGAAGGAGGCCAAGCUGCGCGAGCUGCUGGACGUCAGCACGCUGGCUGGCAAGAUGGAGAACCGCAUGCUGACGGUGGUGAGCGGCACCGACAUGGUCAACAUCACCUACCUGAACUUCAUGGCCUCUCAGGAGGACAUCGCCAAGGAAUGGGCGGAGGAGCUGUUCAGCCUGGCGUCCAACCUCCUGGUGCAGAACAUGUCCAGGGAGGCCUGUCUGGACAAAGCAUACACGCGACUCAAGCUGCAGCUCAACCCUGAAGGUCGCAUCCCCGUCAAGAACAUCUUCCGGAUAUUCUCGUCUGACAGGAAGCGAGUGGAGACGGCGCUGGAGAACUGUAACCUUCCCUCCGGCAGAAACGACGCCAUCCCGCAAGAGGACUUCACCCCGGAGGUCUACAAUCUGUUCCUCAGCAACAUCUGUCCCAGGCCCGAGCUGGACCACAUCUUCUGUGACGUCGGCGCCAAGAGUCGUCCGUAUCUGACCGUGGAGCAGAUGACCGAGUUCAUCAACAACAAGCAGCGGGACCCCCGCCUCAACGAGAUCCUCUACCCGCCCCUCAAACCGGAGCAGGUCCAGCUGCUGGUGGACAAGUACGAACCCAGUGCCACGCUGGCCCAGAACGGUCACAUCUCGGUGGAAGGCUUCGCCCGCUACCUGAACGGCGAGGAGAACAGCAUCAUUCCUCCAGAGAAGCUGGACCAGAGCGAAGACAUGACCUUUCCCCUCUCCCAUUAUUUCAUCAACUCAUCACACAACACUUACCUCACUGCCGGCCAACUGGCGGGGAACUCGUCGGUGGAGAUGUACAAGCAGGUCCUGCUGUCCGGGUGUCGCUGCAUCGAGCUGGACUGCUGGAAGGGGCGCACCACGGAAGAGGAGCCUGUCAUCACCCACGGCUUCACCAUGACCACGGAGGUCUCCUUCAAGGAGGUGAUCGAGGCCAUCGCCGAGUGUGCCUUCAAGACGUCACCCUUCCCCAUCAUCUUAUCUUUCGAGAACCACGUGGACUCACCCAAGCAGCAGGCCAAGAUGGCCGAGUACUGCCGCUCAAUAUUUGGAGACGCUCUGUUGACGGAACCUCUGGAGAAAUAUCCUCUGGAGUCUGGCGUGCCGCUGCCCAGCCCCAUGGAGCUGAUGGGGAAGAUCCUGGUCAAGAACAAGAAGAAGCACCACAAGGCGUCCUCCACAAAGAAGAAACUGGCCGAGCAGGUGUCCAACACCUGCAGCGACUCCUCCAGCAUGUGCGAGCCCUCCUCGCCCAGCGCUGGUUCCACCAAGGAGGACAUGACAGAUUCCUCCCAGCCAGCAGAGGGCGCUGAGCUCAGCCUCAGGCCGCAGGGCCGAAAGUCCAUCGGUGAGGUGGAAGCGGAAAGUGAGGACGAGGAUGAAGACGAUGACGACUGCAAAAAGGGCUCCAUGGAUGAGGGCACAGCGGGCAGCGAGGCGUUUGCCACAGAGGAAAUGUCCAACCUGGUCAUCUACAUCCAGCCUGUCAAGUUUAACAGCUUUGAGGCUUCCAAAAAGAUCAGUCGCAGCUACCAGAUGUCAUCUUUUGUGGAGACCAAAGCGUUGGAGCAGCUGACCAAAUCUCCUGUGGAAUUUGUGGAAUACAACAAAUUGCAGCUGAGCAGGAUUUACCCGAAAGGCACCCGGGUGGAUUCGUCCAACUACAACCCUCAGCUCUUCUGGAACGCCGGCUGUCAGCUGGUGGCGCUCAACUUCCAGACCAUCGAUCUGUCCAUGCAGCUCAACCUGGGCAUGUACGAGUACAACGGCAAGAGCGGGUUCCGCCUCAAGCCGGAGUUCAUGCGGCGGCCCGACAAGCACUUUGACCCCUUCACUGAGAGCACCGUGGACGGGAUCGUAGCGAAUACGCUCUCGGUGAAAAUCAUCUCGGGUCAGUUCCUCUCAGAUAAGAAGGUGGGGACCUACGUGGAGAUGGACAUGUUCGGCCUGCCGGUGGACACCAAGAGGAAGGCGUUCAAGACCAAAACAUCUCAGGGCAACGCCGUCAACCCCGUUUGGGAGGAGGAGGCCAUCGUCUUCAAGAAGGUGGUUCUCCCCACGCUGGCGUCCCUGAGGAUCGCCGUGUUCGAAGAGGGAGGGAAGUUCAUCGGACACCGCAUCAUCCCCGUGUCGGCCAUCCGUCCAGGAUACCACUACAUCAACCUGAGGAACGAGAAGAACCAGUCGCUGACGCUGCCUGCUCUUUUCGUCUACGUGGAAGUCAAAGAUUACGUCCCGGACACGUUCGCAGAUGUCAUCGAGGCUUUGUCCAACCCCAUCCGCUACGUCAAUCUGAUGGAGCAGCGAGCCAAUCAGCUGGCAGCGCUCACCCUGGAAGAGGGCGGAGACGAGGAGACUGACAAAGAGGUGGAGGCAGGAAGCGACCCCCCGUCGGAGUCCAAGGCGGACGCCAGAGCCGUGUUGCCGGCGGAGAACGGACUGAGCCACAACCCCAUCGCCCCCAAACCUCCAUCGCUGGUCGGCCAUCAGCCUCAAUCUGCAGGCUCGCUCAAACCUCCGGGGAAGACGGAGGACAUGGUCCAGAGUGUCCUGACAGAAGUGGAAGCUCAGACGCUGGAGGAGCUGAAGCAGCACAAAGGCUUCGUACGCGAGCAGCGGAAGCAGUACAAGGAGAUGAAGGAGCUGGUACGCAAACACCACCGCAAGACCGCCGAGCUCAUCAAGGAGCACACGGCCCGCGCCUCCGAGCUCCAGAGCCAGCACCAACGCCGCCGCGCCGCCCUGCAGAAGAGCCACAAGCGAGAUGGUAAGAAAAGCCGGUGCGAGCAGUCCCUGUCUGCCCUGGACCGGGAGCUCGGAGAGCUGGACCAGGACUGCAGCCGCCGUGUGUCGGACCUGAAGGAGCAGCAGCAGCAGCAGCUCCUCACGCUUCGACAGGAGCAGUACUACAGUGAAAAGUACCAGAAGCGGGAACACAUCAAGCAGCUGGUGGAGAAGCUGACCGCCCUCGCCGAGGAGUGCCAGAGCACCCAGCUGAAAAAGCUGAGGGAUAUCUGUGAAAAGGAGAAGAAAGAGCUGAAGAAGAAGAUGGACAAGAAGAGACAGGAGAAGAUGAGUGAAGCCAAGUCCAAGGACAAGAACAUCACAGAGGAAGAGAAGCUGGAGAUCAACAGGUCGUUCGUCAAUGAGGUGGUGCAAUACAUCAAACGGCUUGAGGACGCCCAGAGUAAGCGCCAGGAACGUCUGCAGGACAAACAUAAGGACAUCCGCCAGCAGAUUUUGGAUGAAAGGCCAAAGCUGCAGAGUGAUCUGGACCAGGAGUACCAGGACAAGUUUCGCCGACUACCAGUGGAGAUCCAGGAGUUCGUCCAGGACAGCGGCAAAGCCAAGCUGAGCGACGACGGUCUCCGCGGCAACCUGAUCUCGUCCUCAUCCACGGCAGAGAGGCUCAACCACAAGGCCUCGCCGUCGGAGGACGACGCCGAGGACGGUUCACUGGAGCGCGUUUAUGACACGCCCCUUUAGACUGGUCUUACCAGGACUUGAUCUACCCGGGUGAGUAGCGGUGGUGGUCUGGUGUACAUAGAAGCGUUGCUUGUGGCCGUCACCCGUGUGGUACCUGACACUGACCGGCUUCCUUCAACUCUUCAUCUGGUCUUCUCGUCACGCUCGUGGUGGCAACGGUGGUCUUACUGGUCCUGGUGGUCUUUGUGGUGGAGUUGCUCUGACUGCUCACAUCGGUAUUUAUCUAGCCUGGAGCCACUGGUGGCCUGCUGGCUUCUCCACUGAGUUGGAACAAAGAACUAAAGCGGCGUUUCCACUUGCACUCAUUUGGCCUCCGCAUCGUCCCCAAUCUGUGUCCUGUAUUUAUUUAUUUAUUUAUUUAUAUAUGGCGUUGAUGUCUCGUGUACGAUACACGCACCAUGCGUUGUUCCCGCAUGGCUAUGCGUUGUCACGACUACAAAGCCGUCCCGGCAUUCUUAGCUCUCGUUGUGUCCCGUUGCGUCCCGCUGUAUCACGCUAUGUCCCGUUGUGUCCCGCUAUAUAAUGCUGUGUCCCGUUGUAUCAUGCUAUGUCCCGUUGUGUCCAGCUGUAUCACGCUAUGUCCCGUUGUGUCCAGCUGUAUCACGCUGUGUCCCGUUGUGUCCCGCUGUAUCACGUUAUGUCCCGUUGUGUCCCGCUGUAUCACGCUGUGUCCCGCUGUAUCACGCUGUGUCCCGUUGUGUCCCGCUGUAUCACGCUAUGUGCCGUUGUAUCCUGCUGUAUCACGCUAUGUCCCGUUGUGUCCCGCUGUAUCACGCUAUGUCCCGCUGUGUCCCGCUAUAUAACGCUGUGUCCCGCUGUAUCACGCUGUGUCCCGUUGUGUCCCGCUGUAUCACGCUGUGUCCCGCUGUAUCAUGCUAUGUCCCACUGUGUCCCACUGUAUCACGCUAUGUCCCGUUGUGUCCCGCUGUAUCACGCUGUGUCCCGUUGUGUCCAGCUGUAUCACGCUGUGUCCCAUUGUGUCCCGCUGUAUCACGCUAUGUCCCGCUGUGUCCCGUUGUGUCCCGCUAUGUCCCGUUGUGUCCCGCUGUAUCACGCUAUUUCCCGUUGUGUCCCGCAACGACGCCAGGCAACGGCAGGCAGCUACAUGAAUUCCUCCUCUUGUCCCCUUUUGCAGUGAAAGUCCACUUGUCAUCCUUCUAUGGGGUAUACGGUUGUCAUCAUAGUGUUGACAGUAUCUGCCUUUUUGGUUAGACAUACGUCAGAUUAGCAUCUUGAAGGCAAAUGUAUUAUUCCUGUCAUGUUUUCACUGCUUUGAACCCUUUUUUUAUUUUAAGAGCGCGUCACCACAGUCUUCCGUGGUACAAACGCUAAAACUGUAGGCCGUGCGUGCAAGUGUAACCGCCCCUUUAGCGACCAUUUCAUUCCCACCCACUUUUAUGCAUGAAGAUGUUUUUAAGAGCGCGGUGUUGGGGUGUUUGCCCCUACAGGUGGUUUACACGGGUGCGCUGGAUCAGGACGCAAGCGUUAAAGCUCCCCCUGUUCAUGAGCACCUAACAUGAGGCAAAUCCAGCUAUCUAUCAUCAGGAAAAGCACCCAUCCGGGCUUCGCUACACAUCUUAAAAUGACACCCAAAAAGCUAGCCAGCAGCACACGUGGAAGCAUGUUCUUCUUUCUCUUUGGCGGAUAUGCUAAGCUAGCAUGAUGUUGCUGUGCAAGUGCGAGUGUAAUGUUAGCACCUUAGCGUGGCAUAGCCAUAGCCAUAUCAUAUCAUACAGUGUGUGAUUAUGAUAUGAUCUGAUCAUACAGUGUGUGAUAUGAUAUGAUCAUGAUGUGGUCCCAGUAGGCAGCAUGUACCAGCAGGAUGUUCCAAUGUUGAUACGUGACCUUUCAACUCCACUCUUCCUGUUUCUUCUGACUGUAAAUAGACAAAUACACUUUAUUUUUUACUUUCUUCCACAGUGGUACAAAAGGUCACCAGUACUAAAUCAUACUCUGAAUUCAGAAGCGGACCAGUGGUGCUACUGGGACCUUUAUGACCGAUUAUUAAAAAGCGGUGUGACCUUUGUAGGAUUUAGCAGUUCUUCUGUUUCUUAUUGAGUCACAUGACUGCCAUGCCACUUGUUGCUAAGCAGACUAACCUUUCUCACCACUGAAACUACACAAAUAGGCGCUCACGUCCACUCGGCUGUUGGAAGAACACUGCUCUGUAUGAAAUACAAAAGACGGCGUCUGAAGAGGGCCCGCCACUGAUGCAAAUGUAGACAAAGACUUGGUGGGUGGAUAGAGGUGGGGGGUCCCUGUGCCUUUGGCAAACGUACCUUUUGAUGUGGAAUGCAUACUGAUGUUAAUACUGCUACACGUAUGAUGACGAUGAUGAUGUAGGAUCUUUAAUAGGUGGGUAAUAAUGGAGUACCACUACUGAGAAGUACCCUCAUUACUACCCUUAUUAUUCUUCUCAUUGAUACAUCGUCUUCAAGUACUUGCUUUAAUGAAGCUGUGUGAUUGUUUCUCUAUGGCUGUACAUGCACUUGUACAUCUAUACCGUAUAUAUUGGGGCUGCACCACAUGAGGGGGUGAUGAUGUCAUACCCAAAAAUACCCGUACUGUGCGGGUGAGCAAAUCAAGUGCUCCUCCUUCCCCUGAGCCCCCCUUGAAAACUUUCCAUGGAAGACAUUUAGCAUGCUAGUUGGAGCAAACGCUCCGCCAUGAUGGGGACGUAAAGCCAUGUCCAACCCCCCACCCCACCCCCCUUUACUCUAUGCCGACCUCCUGCCCCCCACUAUGCUCCUCCUGGUAGUAGACAUGUCAUGAUAUUUCAUUAGGACUCAUCCACAUACCUGCCAGUCCUCCUACCUCGACCCCCCCUCCCACCUCCAAAAAAAAAUACUCUAACCCUACCUCCUGGUCCCCCCUCCCCCCACUCUGCUCCUCCUGGUCGUAGACAUGUCAUGAUGUUUCUUUAGGAGUCAUCCACAUACCUUCCAGUCCUCCUACCGCCACCCCCCCCCCCCCCCCCCCCCACGC